GUCAGCUAAUCUGUGUCUGUGAUGCAGAAUGUUCAUGAAUCCAGCAGAGGCUAAAAACAAAAGUUAACCUUGUGUUUUAUUUUAGUCUUUUAAUGUGUUGAGAGAUGGAUCCGUCCCGGAGGAGCGAGAGUGACUGGCAGGGGCUGCUGAACGAGUUCCUGGUUUGUAAGCGUAAGCUGGAGAGUAAAAAAGAGGCUCUCCUGAUUCUGUCCAAAGAGUUGGACACCUGCCAGCAGGAGAGGGAUCAGUACCAGCUGAUGGCCAACCAGCUCCGUGAACGCCACCAGGCCCUGAAGAAGAAGUACAGAGAGCUCAUUGAUGGAGACCCGUCCCUGCCGCCUGAGAAAAGGAACCAAGUGAAUUUAGCUCAGCUGCUGACAGACUCCAGAGAAAAGAGCGGCCAUCUUUCCGAGGAGGUCCAGGAGCUCAAACAGAGGCUGGUGGAAGCUCAGGGGGAUAACAAGCUCCUCCGGAUGACCAUCACCAAGCAGAGGCUGGGGGACGAGGAGGUCGGCGCUCGACACUUUCCUGCACACGAGCGAGAAGAUCUGGUCCGACAGCUGGAGCGAGCGCGAGGACAGAACGAGGUGCUGGAGCACAGCGUGAAGGCGCUGACGGACGAGCUGCAGGACGUCCGAGCGGAGCGGGACGUGUUCCAGCAGAAGGCUCACCGGCUCAACGUGGAGAUGAACCACGUCCUCGGGAACGACGAGAUCCGCCUCCUGGACGUCGACGCGCUCUGCAUGGAGAACAGGUAUUUACACGAGCGGCUGGGUCAGUUUCAAGAAGAGGUGCAACUGCUCAAAAGUAACCUGGUGAAGUACAAGAGCGCCCUGGAGAGCAGGAAGAACUGUAAGAUCAGCGGCAGACCCAACAGCAGCGCUCUGACCGGAGUGCUCUCUGCUAAACAAGUGAAGGAACUGCUGCUGUCGGAGGAAAACGGCUGCAGUUUGCCCGUGACCCCUCAGUCCAUCUCAGACCUGAAGUCUCUGGCCACAGCUCUGCUGGAAACCAUCCACGAGAAGAACAUGGUGAUCCAGCACCAGCGGCAAAUCAACAAGAUUCUUGGAAACCGAGUGGCCGAGCUGGAGAAGAAGCUUAAAACUCUCGAGAUGUCUGGACUAUGGAGCCUUCCAGGCCUGACUUAUAAUGUGUCUCUGGGAGUGUUUGGAAGAGGGAAAGACAGCAUCAUCCUGAACACACACAGACCUGAAGAAGAGGAAACUCCUGGACAGGAAGGUGUAAGCGAUCCUGAAUGUGCACCUGAUGCUCAGCCGAACGCCACGGACCAAGUCAGCCGAACACCGGCUGAUCCUCAGACAGAAGCUCCGUCACCAUCCUGGCAGCCGAACGCCCCCCAGCAGCCGGCUGAGCCUCAGACAGACGCUGAAGAGCUGCGCCAGAGCGAGCAGUCGCAGAUCGGAACGGGUUUAUCAGCAGAAGACGAGCGUGUGAGGGACUCCACUCCGGACGCUGCACACCCGAACAGAGUCCACCCGUCCUCAGAGCUCUGCCACCCUUCAGAGAGCUCGGAGCCAAUCAGAGGAGGAGACGGGUCAGCAGGGUGCAGCGGGGGGCUGGAAACUACCGAGACAGAGUCUUUCAGAGAAGAUGACAGGAACGGCGUUUUACCUCCGACUGAAUCUGAAGCGCAGCAGGAGGCCGUCCCACCGAACCAGGAAGUCGACGUUUAAAAAGAGUCUGUUCAUGAAGAGUCGUCUCGUAGAGUUUAGAGGAACCGACAGAACCGCUCCGAUGUCUCCUGUAGCGUCAGUCAGUCGGAUGCUGCCUGCAGGACAUCCAGACAACACAUCAGCGACCAUGGCCUCCAGUUCACAGCUGUAACAUCUGCUGGGUUUCUCCCAUUUAUCAAAGAUUGAGAGAAGGAUCUGCGCUGGUGGAACGUGGGGUGUAAGAGCUUCGGUCAGAUUCACUCAAAAAUACGUUUGGAGACGCAACAUCGAAGAAGAGUGGUUGUUUUACAGUAUUUAACGAAACCUGCUGCUCGUUUUGGAUUCACCACGUGGACGUUUGUUUCACGCAGGAACAAAAUCAGAGAAACGAAUUAACAAAAUGCAGUUUCUGCUGUUUAGUCAUUUAAAACGAGUGGAUUUAAUUGUACGUAUUGACCCAGAAGUCGUUAUUUAUCUGUACGGGAACAGAUUCAGCAAG